UCUCAUGCCACAGCGACUUUUAUUAGUAACGACGCGCUGCUACGCUGACAGAAUAAUUGACAUUUGAUCUCGCGCUCUGUGCGCGGCACCUGUUUUCAUCCCGCAAGCCUCGAAAUCCGAAGCACAGCACACUGAGACUUUUUCCGCGCACAGGUUACAGAUAUACACCUCCUCAUCCCGUAUUUUAGGAUAUACCGAAGUCAGGGAGUCGACAAAGUGGGAGAGCAGGAACACGAGUCAGGUUAAUUUUGUGCCAGCACCCAGCCGUAGAUGCCAGGACCUCACAGCCUUUUCGGCAUCAUGUAGGACAUGAUGAAGCCCUGCAAGCCCGUGUUGAUUAGGAGGAGUGAAGUGGACGGAGUGACAGAUGCUUCCCUGACCGACUCUUCAAAUGUUGAUGACCGCAGGAUGGAGAAACAGACCUUGGUGACAGCUAUCAGUUUGUCCAUGAGCCUGUCGUCACUGGCGCUUCUCAUCACCGCUAUCAUGACCGACCACUGGUACGAGACGGACACCACACGGCACAGGCAGAACUGCGAGCAGUUCGGGCCGGACGCCAACGAACAGAAGAACCGGAUGAUGCCCAUCUAUCACCUGCCCCUGAUGGACAGCAGCAAUCCUCGGAGGAACCAGGCGCUGCUCCGGGCGAUCCACGUCGGGAGUAGAGAGGAGCUCCUGGAAAACUGGAGGUCCAUUUUGGGAAUGGGAAUAUUGGAAACGGAAUGCGGGCGACCUAUUUUCUCCACUCACUCUGGACUUUGGAGGAAAUGUUAUUAUCUAGGAAAGGACAAGGACAUCGACAACCUCAUAUCCAAGGGUAUAGCCCAGCGAUGCACCACCAUCAAGUACCAUUUCUCCCAGCCCAUGCGGCUCCGCAACAUCCCUCUCAACCUGACCCGCACCAUCCAGCAGGACGAGUGGCACCUCUUACACCUGCGGCGGAUCACAGCGGGGUUUCUAGGCAUGGCGGCAGCCGUUCUGUUGUGUGGCGGCAUUGUAGCGUCUGUCAGCUUCGCCUGGGAGAAGAGUCUCACUCAGCACGUCUCUGGGCUGCUCUUUCUCAUGGCAGGGAUCUUCUGCACCAUCUCCCUGUGUACCUACGCGGCCAACGUGUCCUACGACCUGGCCAGGGUCCCUCCCUUCAUCUACGGGCUGCCUGCUGACGUGGAGCAUGGCUACAGCUGGUCCAGCUUCUGUGCCUGGCUCAGUCUGGGGCUGAUGGUGGCGUCUGGAUGCGUGUGCACCAUCUUCCCCAUCCUUAGCCGUAGCAGCAGCAAAGCCCAGCAGGGCAAGGAUGCCCCCAACGCCGGUGUCUGACACACACCUUACUGCGUUUGAUAUACAUUUUGCAAUGUGUUACACACACUGAGCUGCAGCAAGGGCCUGUAGGAAGAGAGAGUCUAAUAUGUCUGUGUCUGACACACCUCUUACUGCAUCUUUCACAUCAACUCUGAGCCGUAACAAGAGCCUGCAGACCAAGACCAUCCCCAGACAUCUGUCUGACACAGCUGCAGCAGACGCCUGGGAGCUGGGACUAAUGUUGACGCCUGCGUUUUCAGUGUGAAAACACUUCUGAGUCAACCAUGCUUCUACUAGACCCCACAUCUAAAUCUAGGUUACCUCCAUUGAGCAAAACAUCCUGGACUUAUGGAAGUAUGGAACCAUCAAUGUUAGCUACACCCCUGCAUCCAGGCUUUUUCGGUGGCCUUUAUGCGAUUAUGUCUGUGAUUAAGCCUACUGCUACCUUUCCACAUUAUAUUUUCUAUGUAUGAUCAGAAUUCAGUGUCAUGCAAGUAAUUGUCAAAUCACUGGGGGAAAACAGAGGCCUUGAUGUGUCAUCGAAAAUGACAAGACAGAAACAGUUAUUUGAAAGGAAAAUAAUUAUAGAAAAGAAGACAGAAUUUAUAGAAAGAUGUGACUCAAACUGACAUUGAUAUGUACUCUGACCAUAAUUGUCACUUUCGUCAUAAUGAGCGGACCAAGGCAGCGUGAUAUGAGUACAUACUUUAAUAGUACUUAGCAACACGACACAAUACAACAACAAAAUAACAAAACGAUA